ACGCCGGUUGGAUGUCAAAGUCAUCUAGUACUUAUCCCUUGUAUUCUUCUUUCCUCUGCAACUUUGUUUGAUUUCUUCUUCUCUUCUUUUUUAUUCUCUUAACAUUAAACAAAUAAAAUGACGGUCAAUUUCAUUUAAAACCUUGCAUUUUAUUCAAAGGUUACACCCGAUUUAGUAUUGACAUUAUAUUAUAUAUAUUAGCUUCUUCAACAUUGUUUCCAAAACUAUAUAUAUUUUCCUUGAGAAACAAUUCAUUCAAUCAAGGUGACAUAUGAAGAACAUUUGAGCUGGUUUUAGAAAAAGAAGAAAAAGCAAAAACAUGUCCGGAGAAGGUGAAGCUAGUAGUACAAGAUCAUUGGAAGAAACACCAACAUGGGCUGUUGCCGUUGUUUGUUUUGGUUUGGUUUUGAUUUCAAUAAUCAUCGAACAUAUAAUCCAUAUGAUUGGAAAGUGGUUAAAGAAGAAACAUAAACGAGCACUUUAUGAAGCUCUGGAAAAGAUUAAGUCAGAGCUUAUGUUGCUGGGAUUUAUAUCAUUUCUCCUAACGGUAGGAGAAGGUUCAAUAACAAGCAUAUGCGUAUCUGAGAAAGUUGGAUCUACUUGGCAUCCAUGCCAUAAUGAUCGACAAGAGAUCGCAGAGGAACCACCUUCGGAAGAAGAUACAUCAGAUAACAACGAACAUCGCCGGAGACUUCUUAUGAUAUCGGAUUCUGUUCGAGUUUUCCGGCGUUCUUUGGCCGGAAAGUCAGAGGACAAAUGCGCGGAUAAGGGAAAAGUACAAUUCAUUUCAUAUGAAGCUCUGGAUCAACUCCAUUAUUUCAUUUUUGUGCUGGCCGUUUUUCAUGUCAUUUACUGUAUUCUUACGCUUUUGUUGGGCAGAGCUAAGAUGAGAAAGUGGAAGAGAUGGGAAAGGGAAACUAGAACAAUUGAAUACCAGUACUCACAUGAUCCAGAGCGGUUCAGAUUUGCAAAAACAUCGUUUGGAAGAAGACAUUAGUUUUGGACCAAAAAUCCCAUUCUACUGUGGAUUGUUUGUUUCUUUAGACAAUUUAUUAGGUCAGUCCCUAAAGUUGAUUACUUGACCCUCCGACAUGGAUUUAUCAUGGCACACUUGGCACCCCAAAGCCAAAACCAUUUUAAUUUUCAAAAAUACAUCAAUAGAUCACUGGAAGAAGAUUUCAGUGUUGUUGUUGGCAUCAGUCCUCCAAUAUGGUUUUUAGCUGUACUCUUCCUACUCUUCAACACUCAUGGAUGGUAUUCCUAUCUGUGGCUUCCAUUUCUCCCUUUGAUCGUGGUCCUGUUAGUGGGGACAAAGCUGCAAGUGAUAAUAACAAAAAUGGGGCUAAGAAUUCAAGAGAGAGGAGAGGUGGUGAAAGGAGUGCCAGUGGUUGAAUUGGGCGACCAUCUUUUCUGGUUCAACCGCCCCAGCCUCAUCCUCUUUCUCAUCAACUUCGUUCUUUUUCAGAAUGCCUUUCAACUUGCAUUCUUUGUAUAUACCUGGUAUGAAUUUGGGAUACACUCUUGCUUUCAUGAGCACGUGGAAGAUUUAGUCAUCUCAAUUUCAAUGGGGUAA